GAUGAACGGACUACCACCAGAACUGCUCCAGCAUGUAUUCGAGGCUGUCGUCAAUGACUGGGAAGAGGAUCCCGGGCGAAUUUGGUCCACGCUAAUGGAUUUUCACGCAUAUAUCUUCCUCGUCAACCGUACGUGGAACACGACUGCUCGGCACACUUCUACUAUUUGGCGGAACAUCCCCCUGCACCGAGGGUUCUUCGAUUACGCCGAAUUCUGCCUCUUGCAUUCAGGGAAUCAGCCGCUGAAUGUGCAGGCGAGCAUGAGCGAGUCAUUCAGGGAGCUCAUGACUCCAGAGCGAGCGAAUAGGGUGCAAAGGUUGGAGGUAGAGGAUAAGGAGGCGUACCGACAUUGGAUGACGGUGCUCCUUUCGUUGCCUAUCAGCAAACUGGAGUAUCUGUCAAUGAACUCGCUUUGCUCAUCAUGGGAGGAAUCGCUCGCCUUCCUGGUUGGUAACAAGAACCUACACGAACUCGAGAUCACGCGCUUCUUCCACCAGCCACUAUCGCCAGCAUCGUCUGGAGUACAUCCCGUCCUACCCAAGCUGAAGAAGCUCAAGAUAUCCGACUGGGCGCAAGAAACGCAAUCUGUGCUCUCUUCCUUCUCCGCCCCUUCACUGGAAACACUCCACAUAGCAGUCAAUGACGAACAUCGGUACGGGCAACGCUUCCGGCCCAUGACCCUCGGAACGAUGGACAUAUUCUCCAGCGUAAAAGAAGUGAUCUUUCAAUUUGCAAUCACGACCGAAGAUGUGCUCGCCGUCCUUCGACAGACACCAAAUGUGGAAGUUCUCCGCUUGGCACACAGCUGGCGCUUCGAGGCAAGUUUCGAUGACCUUCUUGCCCAGUUAUGCAAUCCCAGCAUCCCGAUUCUGCUUGCACCGCGCCUGCAGGUUCUGAGCCUGCACGAGUUCCCCGUUUGGAUGCCAGCGAUUCUUGGGCUCGUACGGGCUCGGCUGAGCAGGAGCAGGACGUGCCUGAGCACUGUGGAGGGGAUCGGUCAAAGGGUUCUGCCGUUGAGACGCGUCGACCUCAGCCCGAGGACGACCAUGUUCUAUCCGAAAGCGGACGUGGAGAGGUUACGCGAGAUCUGUGAAGUACGGGUCUGGACGCCGCCGCCUGGGGACUUACGUUAG